AUGAAGAGCAAAAGACGAUUUCAAAUUGUAUCACGAACGCAUUGCCACAGAUAAAAACGCGGCGCUCGUCGUUGAGCAAUUAUCUUAAUCGGAAACGUUCCUUUGUACAAUCUCAACAAAGAAGAUGGGAUUACCGAGCGUCAUACAUGUCUCAACAUGCAAAUAACCCUCUAUUGUGAAAGUUUGUCGUCUUCUGUGAGGGAGUGUAAGGAGCUCGAGUUCACACACGGCAGACUCGCGUCUAUUCAGAGUUGGAUUUUGUUUUAUUUGCGUCUUGAAAAUGAAGAGGAGGGAAAAGCGCGUUCUGCAGAUGGCAUUUUUGUUCAUGGUGGCUUUAAUUUUUCUGCCAAACGUCGGCCUUUGGUCAAUGUACAGAGAGAGGAGCCUUAUGAAGUCUCAUGAGUCUGGAGAGCAGGGCUUCUCACUGGGUUUAAAUGAUGGUCACAUUUAUACCUGGACAGACGGUUUGAAAAGAAGAGAUUGGCACGAUAACGAGAGCAUCCGGCGAGAUGGACUACGUGUUGGGAAAGGGGAGCAUGGGAAACCAUUCCCUCUCGCAGAGGACGAGUGUGAUGACUCAGUGUACAAAGAGAAUGGCUUCAACAUCUACGUCAGCAACAAUAUCGCUCUGGACCGCUCCCUUCCUGACAUCAGACAUCCAAACUGUAAACAGAAGCUUUAUCUUGAAAAGCUCCCAAACACCAGUAUUAUCAUCCCUUUCCAUAAUGAAGGCUGGUCCUCUCUGCUCAGAACCAUCUACAGCAUCACCAACCGCACACCCAACUACCUGAUUGCUGAGAUCAUACUGGUAGAUGACUUUAGUGACAGAGACCACCUGAAGGCGAAUCUAGAGGAGUACAUGUCAAAAUUUCCUAAGGUGCGUAUUGUGCGCACUAAGAAGCGAGAGGGUCUGAUCCGUACGCGGCUACUAGGAGCGUCGGUGGCUAAAGGAGAGGUCCUUACCUUCCUGGACUCGCACUGUGAAGCCAACAUCAACUGGCUGCCACCCCUACUCGAUCAGAUCGCCCAGAACCCCAAAACCAUUGUGUGUCCCAUGAUAGACGUGAUAGACCAUAACAACUUUGGGUAUGAGGCGCAGGCGGGGGAUGCCAUGCGGGGAGCCUUUGACUGGGAGAUGUACUACAAACGCAUUCCCAUCCCACCUGAGCUACAGGGACCAGACCCUAGUGACCCAUAUGAGUCUCCUGUGAUGGCUGGAGGCUUGUUUGCUGUAAACCGUCAAUGGUUCUGGGAGUUGGGAGGGUAUGAUACUGGCCUUGAGAUCUGGGGAGGCGAGCAGUUUGAAAUAUCCUUCAAGGUGUGGAUGUGCGGAGGCAGCAUGUACGAUGUUCCCUGCUCAAGGGUGGGCCACAUCUAUAGAAAGUACGUCCCCUACAAAGUGCCCUCAGGGACCAGCCUGGCAAGAAACCUGAAGCGAGUGGCAGAGACCUGGAUGGAUGAGUACACAGAGUACAUCUACCAGCGCCGGCCUGAGUAUCGGCACCUCUCCACCGGUGAUCUGACAGCUCAGAAGGAGCUACGGAAACACCUCAAGUGUAAAGAUUUCAAAUGGUACAUGAACACUGUGGCCUGGGACCUGCCUAAAUAUUACCCGCCCUUGGAGCCACCGCCAGCUGCCUGGGGAGAGAUCCGUAGUGCUGCAUCUGGCUUGUGCAUCGACUCUAAGCACGGCUCCACAGGCACAGAACUGCGGCUGGACACAUGUCUGAAAGAGGGUGCAGAGCGGACAUGGGCUCAUGAGCAGAUUUUCACGUUUGGUUGGAGAGAGGACAUCAGGCCUGGAGAUCCCCUACACACCAGAAAAUUCUGCUUCGAUGCCAUUAGUCAGAAUAGCCCGGUAACCCUGUAUGACUGCCAUGGUAUGAAAGGCAACCAGCAUUGGGGCUACAGAAAGGAUAAGUCUUUGUACCACCUGGUGAGCAGUGGUUGCAUGGACUGUAGCCCUGGUGAUAAGCGGAUUUUCAUGAACAAGUGUGACCCCCAGUCUGAAACGCAGCAGUGGAUCUUCCAAAGAGUCAAUGCCACUGUUCUGGACAAAUUUAACAGUGCAGCCAGCUCUUAGGACCUGGAGUUGUGGUCAGCCAGUCAGUUGGCUCCCACACACACCUCCCACAACCCUUCACCUGAGCCUGGACAUUCUUAAUGUCUGGCUCUGGGCUCCUCUCAAGGUUAUGCAGCAGACUGAAUGAAUGCAGGCUCUUUAAUGAGAGGACUAAAAACAGAGAGACAUAAGGCUGGUGGGAGGAACACUUCCACAAAGAGCACCUUGCUGGUCGAGGAAAAAAUGGACAGUCCAGACUCUCUCAGUCUCUUUUGUGGGGUCUAACUUGGCCCCGGUCACUUCCAUACAUUAGAAUACAGAGCAACUUUAGGACUUUGAAAGUGGAGUCCUGUGAAAUAAUGUUCUGUAUCAGUCCUUGAGGAUUGUAUGGUGGAUUUGUACAAUACCAGAAACCGGAAAGAGUUUGCUCUCUUUUUGUAUGGCUAUUUAUUUUUCUCCAGGGAUUGUUUUGACUGUAUAUUUAUUUGUAUUUAUUUGGUGCCUUUUACAAAUUUAAGUUAUGUGAAUUGACUUCAUUUUUUCAUCUGUUAUACCUGGUAGAUUCAAAAUUGGGUGAGGCAGUCACCUAAUGAAAUGAAAUAUUUCAAUUUUUUUC